AUGGACGACCCGCCGUACACAUCUCCCGACGAGGACCCCUUCAAUGUUCAGCCUUUGCUGAAGCAGCCGAGGCGUCGACGCUCAAGCAUGCUUGAUAGAUGGAUCAAAGACCAACAAGCACUUCCCUCAGACGCCCACGAUGAAACCUUACGAGCAAAGAACGACUCCAAGCUCAGCCCAUACCUUGCAUACCCAGAACUGAUGCCCUCCAGUGUUGCACCACACAACGACAUCUCCACCCUUCAUAGCUAUGACCUCGUAGAAGAUGACGAUAUCCCACAGACGACACAGCCAGUGUCAGAGCUUCCCUCCACUCCGACUGCGUCGCGUUCCCCCAAAGGCUCUAAAAGCCGUACCCCAUCCUCUUUUCGACAUUUUAAUCUCCCUUUUCGAGCCAGUUACCCCGCCGCACCCCCAUCUCCCACAGGCGCCAACAACACGCCAACUCGUCCCUUGUCUCGCUUGUCACUCUUUCCGCGGAGCCCACGCCAUAGUUCAAGUACAGCUACCACUGCCACAACACCUCAGCAUGUUCGGUCCUCGAGUCUCUCGACGACCAAUACAAGCGUGUAUGAUCAAUCGCCAAAGGUUUCGGCAGCGUCUCCACCUAAAUGGCGUCCAAGUGUCCUUGGCCAUUUUUCACAAUCAUCUAUUGCUCAGCCCUCGAUGUUGCCCUCGGAUCCAAAUUAUACGCCCUCUCGUCCCAGUGUAUCUUCCGGCGAUACGUCAAACACAAAUGCAUCUCGAGCUCUUACAACGCCGGAGCUUUCUAUACCCCCAUCUCCUUCUAAACUCUCCCUCUUCAACUCCAUUCGCACUCGCAACCGGUCGUCUGGAAGUUUUUUCAAGUCCCAGAACAGCGUAGCUUCUUCCAGCUCGAUAUGGCACCCCCGAGCAAUUAGUGAAGACUUCUCUCCGAAUGGAUCUGAUUGUAUCACGGGAUCAACAUCCACUCUUCCUCGUCGAGCGCCAUUCGCACCGAAACCUGGCUCCCUUCUCAACAACAUGAGCAAUGCAGACGAACUUGACGGUCAUACUUCAUCUCGCCCUAAUAAACGUGAUUCUUUGCGGGGGGUCGUGAUUAUGACAUCUGGAGGCACUCUGUCUCGUGCCGCUUUUUCUCCAUUGAGCUCUCGGACUCAAAAGAAAAAGAAGAAGCUUGUCAUAAGUGGUGUUGGCGUAAACGAAGUCCGGAAAUUCGAAGGAGUGAAGCGAUGGUGUGAGAUAUCGCGAGCACCCAAUGGUGACCUGCAUGUUGACUUUCGUCGGGCCGAUGUAGCGGACACGGUUUGCCGCGUACGCGCCAAAGUCUUCAUCGCUGGUGUUGGCAGCGUACAGCUCUCGUGGUACACUGGCGACAAGCGAUGA